UUAUAUUCAAUUUUAUCUAGUAAAAAUGUUUAACUAGAAGCCUUCUGUGUUUAUUUUAUCAGAAAAGUGGCAGCUUAGAAGGGGAGAGUUCUUCAAGUGAAUCUUCCGAUGAGAGUUCUUCUGAUGAGGAAGAGGUAGAGAAUGUGAGGCACAAGAGGACAUGGAGUAUGGAUAAUUAUGCAGAGAAGUUAUUCAAAAGUAUGGAAGACAAAAACUCAAGAUCUUAUGAUGCUAUGAUUCUUGCUUUACUGAAGCACAAUUAUCAUGAAAGAGCAUUUGAAUUAUUUGAAGAUAUGAGAGAACAGAAUUUUCAAGCUUCUAUUUAUACGUACAAUGGAUUAAUCAACAAAAGCUAUGUAUUUUAUGGAUAUGGAGAAAAAUUGUGGAGUGCUGUAUUGAACUUGAUUGAACACAUGAAGCAAGAACCUGUUGUUCUUCCAGAUCUCUAUACUUAUAAUGAGAUUUUAAAGCUGUGUGCUCUUAUUCCUAAUGGUUCUGACAAGGCUCUUGAAGUGUUUAGAGAUAUGUGCAGUAAAGGAAUUGAGCCAUCCUUAGCUACAUUUAGUCGUGUUCUCAGAGCUGAAUACUACAGAGACAGGAGCAUGGCACUGUAUGAAAAUGAAGAUGAGGGAGAUUUAAAACUUAAGCAAAAUACCAACAACAGUGUCCUUCAAGCCAUUAUCAGCCACUUGGAAACAUAUGACAAGCUACCAGGAUUGAAGCAUUCAUCUGAUAUCAAAUUUUUCAACACUGCCAUGGGAUCAGCACUUUUUUGCCAAGAUGCUAAUGCAGCUCACAGACUCUAUGCGUUGGCAGAGACCAAUGACAAAACUCUGCUAGGACAAAAAAGAGGAUUAUUCUAUGCAACGUUUUUAGUAACAUUAGCCCAGUCAGAGAAAAGUGCUGAGAUUGUCUAUCACAUGUACAAGGAGCUUGUUCCUGCGAAACUCAUCCCACAAAGCUGGGUCUACAGUGAACUAUUUAGAAUGGUAGAAAGAGAAAAGAUGCCCAGACUUGUUCCAAAACUUUAUCAAGACAUGAAGCGUUAUAGAGUACCAAUCAAUGAACAAACUUGCAGAGGAAUAUUUUCAGCUUUAGCAAGAAGAACAUCUCCCAAGAAUCACAAGCAGUAUAUAGAAAUUAUGACCGAUGUGUUUUUCUGGAUGAAAAAAUUUAAUAUACCAAUAUCUCCCUAUAUGAUUGGUCAAUUAGUACGGCAGUACUGUGCUGGAGGACACCUGAAACAGGCUUGGAAAGCAAUGGAAAUGUUUGAUGAAUACAAUUUCCACCCAACAUACGUGGCAUUAAUGCAACUUCUUGAAUGCUGCAGCGUGAAUAAAGAUCGUGAACAGGCUAUGAAAGUAUUUGAGAUCUUGGCCAAGUAUGGCUAUGUUAUUUCUAAGAGAAAGCAAAGCAGUAUAUUUGAUAAUACACAGAUGCCAUUAUCCCAUAGGUUGUACAUAAAUGGUUUGUUUAAAAAUGCUGAGGAACUUGAUAAGCGAAGGGCUAAAUACAACAUGCCAAAGCAGCCAGAAGUUUCCAAGAAUGAAGAGAUGGAGAACUUGUAAAAAUUUGUCAAUGGCAGCAAACAGAGGGGGGAAAUGGCAGAUACACACUUCAGUUAGUUUUUGAUUGACAAACUCGGACAGACUGUAGAGCUAUUAUGUUGUGAACUUGCACAGUCAUUACAUGACAUGAGGUGAAAUAUUAUGACGUUCCCCAACAGGGCCCGGUAGAUUUAAGGAUAGAGUGGUAUAUCCGACAGAUUUAUCCAAUGAAUAAGUCAAUGUAGUUAUCCAAUCAAUUUCUCCACUUUUAUCUGUUGAAUAGACUGCUAUCUGUAGACCCUUUAUAUGACUAGGCACAGUUGUUAAUCUGUCACUGGACUGCCGCAAAAAACAGUUGCACUAUGUAUCUUAGCUUUUGAAAGCUAGAUUGUUAUUUAACAGAAUAAAACAAAAUUAAUACAAUGGUAAA